UGCAGCAGUUUCUUGAUUUAAUUAGAGCAUUCAGUCAUCGAAGACCCUUGAAACGCAACCUAUCGUUAUUGUACUGUGAUUGGAUGCAACCAUUGUCAUGGCACUCCCAUUUUAAAAUGUCAGUCAUUGAAUGAAGUGGUUUGUAUAAAAAAUCUAACCGUAAUUCCCUCACUCACUGUGGUUAGAUGGUAACGAUAUUUCCUAAGUAGGCCUGAGUGUGACAAGUCACUGUUUCCGGGAAAGACCCUACAACAUUUAAAAACCAUUGGACAGCGCAGAGUUGACCGAGGAAGAAGGUGCAACCUGUUAAGCCUACUGAAGAGAUGUGCCGAUUACUGUGUUACAUUGCUGGAGUAGCAAUGUACAUUACCUAUAUAUCUUCUUGCACCGACUUCAGCUAUAGCUCAUCGAACUACAAAGUCGUUAGGAUAACUGCGUCACUUAGUUGGUUGGAUGUCAGCAGCAUCUGCAAGUCGUCUGGCAGACAACUUGUGAGCCUCAAUACAGCGGGUGAAUCAGCUGCACUACUGGAGUUUUUGGCGACAAACUGUCACAAUGGUAUGUACGCAAUCGGGUUAUCCCGACAACCUGGAUUUGACAGACACAUUAGCGCAAACUGGAUCUGGGAAACUGGAGAAGCAUAUGAGGGUGAGAUAAACUGGAUUCCAUCUGAUCCUAAUGAACAAGAUUCCGUCCAUUGUGGUGUGCGAAUAAAAGCUGCGAAUGGCAAGUUUGCUGAUGCCAAUGUGGACAGAGACCUCACUAACAGCAUCUAUAGCACAUACGGAUACAUUUGUGAAAAACACCUUAGCAUCAGUCAAAACUCAGCUUAUUUCCAAACGACGCAGUCACUCGCUAGAUGUCGUCAUCACGAUGCUGUUGGUAAAAUGAGUGCCCAUUGCUUUAGAUGUGCGCUGAAAUGUUUUAAAGACGAUGGAUGCCUUGCGUUUAAAUAUGACGAAGUUGGAGGAUGCCAGGUUAAAUCAGACUUGAUAGAAAAUACACAAUUUUAUUAUACUCGAUUGUGGGUCUAAUUCUGGCCUAUUGUAGAAAUCAACAAGGCCAUCGAUAAAACAUUUCAAAAAAGUUUGCAAAACUAAGAUAGCUUAGUUAAUAGUCAGCAAACCCGUACAAAAUUAGAAAUAGGGGGCUAAUUCUAAAUGAAAUGAAGGAGUUUAACUUACGUCUAUAGUUUCAAUUAAAGAUGUGUAGAACUAUAAUAUAAAUAAAUAUUAUAAUUUAUUAAAAAAUGUUAUGAAUGUGAUUUAUUAUUUAUUGAAAAUAUAUAAAUGGAACCGUAAGCGAAUACAUUUAGAUUGUCAGUAAACUUCCACCUGGUUAUUACCCAAAGCACAUUACUGUAUAUAAGCACAAUGUGCCGUGUAUAGGCCUACGUUAUCCAUAAAUGUGUCGUAUUUGACAUUUAAAAAAAUGCACAAAAAUCGAAAAGAUGCAAGAAAAUUGUUGAGCAGUUUCCAAAUUGCUCAAAAUUUGUUUGCAGUUUAUAAACUACGCAAGGUCCUAUAACCUGUAUAGUACGUAGACCUAGAUUACUGCAAUUGAUGUAUUACACAUGCACUCAAUACACGUUUGUUUCACUUUUAUA